AAGUCUCUGGGUAACGCGGGUCGCACGGCCAAGGUGCACAGCGUGCAAGAGAGUGAAGGGUUAAAACCACUGAUUUUUCCCUCUUUCUCUCUCUUCCCCCCUCUCCUCUCCUCCUUUCAGGGGAGGGUCUGCAAAACCAUUGGAUCUUUAAGAGGUGACGUACCCUAUAUGAAAACCUAAUAACUAGUUGAGAAGCUGCAACAACUUUGGAAAAAGCCGUGUGGGGAGAGAGCGUGUGGAUGUGCUACAAAGUUGCCGAGAGGAAGGCGAGGGCAGCGUCUGAGUAAUUCUACGUUUCUGGAGCGCUGGUCAUUUUAACCGGGCAGCGAGUGAGCAAGGAGAGAGGGGGAAAGAUGGUUCAGCAAACUGCAGUGAUUGAGACGGAAAGCAGUUUGUCCCGGGAAGCCACGGAUAGCGAGGAGAAUGAGUUUAUUGCCUGUAGCCCCUCGGCGACUUGCGACGGGACGGACGAGCGGGACCCGGACUGGUGCAAGACGGCGAGUGGCCACAUUAAGCGUCCGAUGAACGCCUUCAUGGUGUGGUCGAAGAUCGAAAGGCGAAAGAUCAUGGAGCAAAGUCCUGACAUGCACAACGCCGAGAUCUCCAAGCGGCUGGGCAAGCGCUGGAAGAUGCUAAAGGACGGUGAGAAGAUUCCGUUCAUUCGGGAGGCAGAGAGGUUGCGGCUCAAGCACAUGGCUGAUUACCCCGAUUACAAGUACCGACCCCGCAAGAAGCCCAAAACCGAGGCGGGUAGACAGCAUCAGCACAACCUCUCGCCCGACAAGACUCAGAACAAGAGCGCCAAGCACUCUGCGAAGAAAUGCAACGCUGGCGGCAAAAUCAAACCUCACAGAUCCUCCUCCUUCUCUCAGGGUAAGUCAUGUGGCGAGCAGCCGUGCGAGGACUUCGUCUUCGGCAACCUGAAGGGUAACAAGACGGUGAGAAGCGUCUUCGGCAGGGGCAGUCAGGACGCUCUGCAGGGCAGGCUGCAUGGAGGCGGAGGAGGAGAGGAGCCGAGCCCCAGGCGGGCCAGCGUGGCCGCCGUGCCGGCCAGCCCGACACUGGGCUCGGCGGCCGAGUCACUGGAAGGGGCCAGCAUGUACGAGGAACUGGCCGCUGGCUGCGGCUGCCCGUCGGGCAGGGGCAACGGUCGAGCCGAGUCGUCAGACACAAAACAAGGUAGCAGGAGGUGCGCCCAGCCUAGGGCAAGCUCACCCGGCUCCAGCCGCUCGGGUUCCUGCAGCUCGGGCGAGGAAGGGACGGACGAUUUACUGGGAGACUUCAGCAUGAACUACUCGCCUCCCGCCGGCAGUAACGGCAGCAGCUUGGAGCCGUUCAGCUCAGGGAACCUCAGCCUGUCGCUGGUGGAUAAGGACUUGGACUCGUACAGCGAAGGCAGCUCAGGGUCACACUUUGAAUUCCCGGACUAUUGCACCCCCGAGCUCAGCGAAAUGAUCGCCGGUGACUGGCUGGAGGCUAACUUCUCCGAUCUCGUCUUUACGUACUGAUUUUUCUUUUGAAUUUUGAUUUUGUUUUCCGUUUUUUAAAAAAGAAAGACUCGAUUGUUUUGUAUUAACAGAAAUGCCACCGUAAUAAGACUGGCCAGGUCCGAUCUGCUGUUCGUGGGAUCCUUUUCUUCCCGUGUGUGGGUGGGAGGGUGGAUGUGGCACAAAACCAGUGGAAAACGUACAAACGUCGUGAUUGGAAAUAUUUAAAAAAACGAUGUGGAAAAGAUACACAAAAAAACACAAAACUGAUGGGAAAUCGUGGGCUGGACUUGUGCACAACCCUUUUGGCGGCAAACCUUUAUCCGUUUUCCAAAUCCUCCACUUAAAGGGACCACUACCCGAGAGAACUUGAGAGUUAGAGCUGUGAACACUUCUGCAGAGUUAAUGAACAAGAGGAGAGAAAUCCAGGCUUGUACAUGAACAGUUUGUCUUAAGCCAAGAUGCUGACGUUAAUUUGAUGCGUUGUACUGUUUUAUCCGUGCGUUGUAUAUGCCAAUAAGACUGUUUAUGCUCUAUUAUUUUUGUUCCCUCAAUACCUCCUUUUAUCACUUAACACAGGCAGUAUAGACCUCAGAAUAUAGAUUUUUUUAUACAUGCAGACCUCAAGACUUUUUAAAACUAAGAAAAAGAAUACUAAAUAUUUUCACUUGUAUUUUUCUACAGCUAAAGGGAACCUGCUCGCUGUGAUUGUCCAGUGAGAAUUUCUGGCACUUCCUUUAUUUUAUUUUUUUCUCUUUAUUUUCCCCUCUCCCCGUUUAGCAUGCGAACGUUGGUACAGUCCUGCUUUAAGGAUUCAAAAACUUUUUUGGGAGAACGAAAUCCUUACAUCAAUGCCUUGUGAUUUUAAAUCUGCAAGUGCGCAGUCUUUUGUACAGUUGUAGAUUUAGAUUUGUUGAAUAUUUGUAGGUAAGAGGAAAAUUUAUUGAAACGACGUGAGAUAGAAACUGAAUUGUUUUAGUGAGACUACAUGUACUGUAUAUUAUACUGUAGGAAUCUUGUGUAAUCAUACGCUGUUUAAUGUGGGAUAAGUCCCGAUGACAGGUGUGAAACUGGAGAAUUUUUAACACGGCACAUGUGAAAUUUUAAUUCAUUUCUGUGCAAUAUGAACUACAGAUCAUCUGCACAUUAUUUUGUCGCAAACUUAUGAACUAAAACAGACGUGUGCACUGUAAUCAUUGCCUGUCUUGAUGCUAAGAGUCUGUAUCUGGGAGGAGGGGGGUAAAAUAAAGAAAUCAGCUGGAACUGAUAGUAACAGAGAAAUUGCCAUGCAUUUAAAUGGAAUGUUUAAGCCUAUCCACUCACUUAAAAACCUGCAGGGUUUUGGGAGGAGGGAGCAGGGAGUCCUGCUUGUGCAACCUCCGCCCAUGGAAAAGAUGGCAAUAAAUCUGGCAUUACUAACUAAACGUGUUAAUUUAUUGCAGCAAAAUGUCAUCAUUUGUGCUUUUGUUUAUUUUUUUUUAAACGGGUACAUUCAUUUUAAACAGAAACCUCAGCCCUGUUUAAGUCACGGCUCUUUAUUGAAUGUCCUUAUAGCGGAACAGACCAGACGGCAAAAGUACUCGGCGCCGCACACUUUCCCGAGGUGUUUUAACAACUUAGUAGCAUGAUGAAAAUCAGCACGUUAAACCCUUAUAAAAUAGACUGGCUGUGUCGCGUGACCUUAAAUCUUCACUGGAUUUCUGAGACCCGGUAUCGAGGGAGAUUAACAUCCACAUUCUUGAUCCAAUACUACAUUCAGUAGUCCAGGUCCUCCUAUGGGUUUCGUUUGCUGUUGCUCAUCACAAACUGCAAGGUAAAAAAGUAUGACUAGCGUGUACCUAUUAAAUUGGCCUGUCGAUUCAGAUUAUAUAUGACACGUCUCCGAGAUACUUCAAUUAGAUGUUUCAAAUCAAUAGCACUUAAAGCCCGCAGUAUUGUAAGGCUGACGACUAAUUUGCUGGCGGCUCAAAAUAAACGCGGCGUUGCCUUGUUUCGUUUUCCCUGUCUGCUGGUAUCUAUAUUUUAAAAAAAGUCUGCAAAUCUCUCACUCUUCGCUGGCAAGUCACCGGGCAGGGUAGCGACGAAUCACAGCUGCAGUUUGAAGAGCUCAUCAGACCUCAGGUGGCAGUCCAAGAUGCUGAGAACAGUCCUGGCCAAAGUGAUGGAGGGAUGAAAGGGGAGGGGUUAAAAAAAGCAAGCCAGGAUGAAAAAAAUGGGCAUUUUAAAUGCUGAUUCACAAUCAAUUCUCAGAAAAUAUUCCAUACUAGUUUCAGACCCCUUUUAGGU